AUGGCACCAGUGGUAGAUACCUCAGCGAUUCCAGGUACAGUAACCCUGGUUGAUGUGCAGCAUGUCCUGCAUACUCGACAUCUAGAUCGAGGCGAUCAGGAUAUCGUCUUGAUUCCUACCCCAUCUUCCGAUCCCGAUGACCCCCUCAAUUGGAGUCCAAGGAGAAAGUUACUGUCCACCAUCUGCGUGAGCGUGUAUACUCUGUUCGCGGGAAUUGCUUGCUCGGUGGUCUACUCAGUACUCACGCAGUUGUCGGAGGAUACGGGAAUUUCGGUCGAUACACUAAACCAAGGAACGGGAUACAUGUUUUUGCUAGCAGGAUGGGGGUUGUUAUUUUGGCAACCUUUUGCUAUGCAGUAUGGAAAGCGGGCGACAUAUCUUCUAUCCCUGGCGGGAAUCCUGGGUACGACUAUGUGGGGUCCCUACGGAAAAACACAAGGUCAAUGGAUUGCGAGGAACGUUGUACAAGGCUUCUUCACGGCACCAAUUGAAGCUCUUCCAGAAAUCUCAGUCACUGAUGUGUACUUCACUCACGAGCGCGGAACUUAUAUGGGUUUAUAUGCGUUCUUCCUGGCGGGCAGUAACUACUUUGCGCCAGUCAUCUGUGGCUUCAUUGCGCAGUACCAAGGCUGGCAAUGGGUCUUUUACUGGCCUAGUAUCUUCUGUGGCUGUGCCAUGAUCUUUCUAUUCUUCUUUAUGGAGGAAACAAACUAUGUUCGCAAGGACAGUGUCGAAAGCUCUACUGUCGCCAAUGUGCGGUUGAGUUCUUCUCAUGACUCUCACAGCAGCGACCAUGAGAAGGCUCCGGUUUCCGAUGAACCUGUUUCUACGCCGGAGCUUGGAUCAAUGCACACGAAGAAAAGCUAUUGGCAGAAACUGUCACUUCUGGGACCUCAACAGGAACAGAAUACAAUGCUACGCAGAAUUUGGCAGAGUCUGUAUUUCUUGUCUUGGCCCGUGAUCUUCUACGCUGGAUUCUCAUAUGGCUCGUACCUGGUGCUCUUCAAUAUCCUCAAUGGAACCGCAUCUAUUAUCCUGGGUGGCUCUCCGUAUAACUUCGGGACAUCAAUGGUUGGUCUCAGUUACAUAGCUUGUUGUCUCGGCGUGGCUCUUGGAUCAAUCUUCACCGGACGAUUCAGUGACUGGCUAACUAUCAACCUUGCUCGUCGCAAUGGAGGAGUUAUGGAGGCCGAACAUCGUCUCUGGCCAUUCGUUGCCUGUCUCUUCUUCGUGCCUGGCUCACUUCUGCUCUGGGGAGUAGGAGCGGCACACGAUGUACACUGGUUCGGUCUCAUUGUGGCUAUGUGCAUGCUUGCAUUUACGAAUACCUGCGGUAUUACUCUCAGCGUAAACUACAUGGUUGACAGCUAUCGGGAGUUGAGUGGAGUAGCAAUGGCUACUGUUAUCUUGGUGCGAAACACCAUGUCUUUUGCCAUUGGCUAUGGAAUUACUCCAUGGGUUGAUGAUCUCGGAUAUCAGAACUGUUUCGUCUCAGCCGCGUUUGUCGGUAUGGCAUGUGCAUCUGUGUUCCUGGUGAUGAUCAAGUUCGGAAAGUCUUGUCGCAUUCGCAGUCGGGAGAAGUACUGGAAGAUUGUACAGGAAAACUGGGAGAAGGGAAUGGGCCACUGA